AUGAACACCAAAGUAAGCCAUGUUCUUAUUGAACGCGUAGAGAAAUAUAUAGAUGAGGUAACAGAUUUAGUGGAAGGUUCAAAUUUAGCCGAAAUAAUAGAUCCUAAGUCGACCUUUGGAAGCUUGAUGAAGGAGUAUAUAUCACGCAUUAAACUAAACAAGGAGCUCAACGCUGAUGAAAAAGAUUUUUGUAUCGGAUAUUUAGGGACAUCUCUGAAUGAAAAAAUCAAACAUAUUCGUCCCGAACUUAUUAACGAAAUUGAAGCAGAAAUAAAAGAUUCAUAUAUUAAAAUGAGCACACAGGAAUUUGAAUCAUUCAUUCAGAAACAUAAGGAUAAACUUAACCCUCAAGAAAUCGACUUGUGUAUUGAGCGUCAUAAAAGGCAUAAAGAAACAAUAAAUAAAAAUUAUUGUCAAAGAUGCUGCCAAAUACGGUCUAAUGGCAAUUAUUGUACCGGCUGUUUAGCUUUAUAUGUGGCAAAUAAUCAAAAUAAAUCUGGUAAUGAGUUUAUUGACAAUCUUCUUUUUAGAUGUCGAAUAGGACAGUGCUCAAUGUUUCAAGGAAGCAUUAUUGAAUGGGUAUCUUACGAAAAUUUCGGUAAUGUUGAAUGUAAAACGGAGGGUGAAUUUGGAUCUAUAUACUUUGCGACUUGGUUUGAAGGGUGGAUUGUCGAUUGGAAUCAAGAUCAUGGAUUUAUAAGAAAUGGUCCUAAGAAAGUCGUAUUGAAAUUAUUAAAGAAUUCAAAUAGUUUGAAUAAGAAGUUUUUUGAAGAGGCAAUGACUCACGUUCAAUUUUCAUCCCAAGGCUCACGCGGAGUUCAAUGCUACGGGUUGACACAAUUUCCUGAAACGAGAGAACUUAUGUUAAUUAUGGAUCACAUGGAGAAUGGGUGUCUUGGAGUCUUGUUAGAACAUAAUGAUGUCUUAUUAACAUGGAAGGAAAUAUUCUUUUUACUUAAAGAAAUAUUUUAUCAACUAAGUCAAAUUCAUGACAACGGAAUGAUACACAAAGAUCUUCAUCCAGGCAACAUUUUAUCUGGUACUAAAGGAUGGUUUAUUGGUGACUUUGGAUUUAGUGGGCCUGCAAACAAAAACCCAGAUGAUCAAAUAUUUGGAAUUAUGCCUUACAUCGCACCAGAAGUGUUAUAUUAUGGAAAAUAUUUACCAGAAUCAGACAUAUAUAGCAUGGGAAUAAUAAUGUGGCAACUUGUAGCAAGGUGUAGACCAUUUGGUGAUCGUAAAUACGAUAUUCAUCUUGCCAGAGCCAUUUGUGAUGGGCUUCGACCGCCAGAGAUUACAAAUAUUCCUGAUGACUACCAAGGAAUAAUGAAAAGGUGUUUGGAUGCAGGUCCUUCAAAAAGACCAAAAGCGCAAGAAAUUUUUCAUUAUUUUGACGAAAUACUCCAAAAAAUGUCUCGUGGCGAAUAUAUAAUUCCCGAAAUGAAAAUUGAUUUUAAUAGUUUAUAUACUCAUGGUUCCGAUAAGGCCACUAGCACUAUUCUUACGGUUGAUCAUUUGCCUAUACCUAAAAAUAAGGCUCAAUACAAAGAAACAACAGAUGGAUUAUUAUUAGAAAUGCCAUAUUCACAAAGAGUUGAUGAUUUGAAAAUUACACAAAUCGAGAAUGAAAAAGAUUUGAAAUAUAUACAUUCAAAUUCUUCUCUCCUUGAUAACGACUUGAAACUUUUAGAUACUAAGUAUACUACAAAUGGAUCUAUUUUUAUAAAUCAAGGCUUAAAAGACCGUGCUGCUGUUUAUGUCUUACAGAAUAAUCCAAAGAAGGCGCUUUCAGAUUUGAACAGAGCACUAGAACUUGGACCUGGCACAAGAGACACAAAGUUAUUUUUAUUGCGUGGAAUUUCUAAUGGUAUGCUUGGCCAUUAUGAGGAAUCACUUGCAGAUUACAAUAAAAUGAUGGAAAUCGAUCCAAAUGAUACAUAUGGUUUAGAAAAACGUGCGGAAAUAUAUGCUAUAUUGGGUCGAAAUGAGCAAGCACUUGAAGAUCUAGACAAAAUAAUGAAGACCAACCCUAAUAAUAUGGUAGCACUUAAAGUCUGUGUAGAUGUGUGUAUUAAAUUGGGUCGAAAUGAGCAAGCGCUUGAAGCUCUAAAUAAAGUAUUGAAGGUCAACCCUAAUGACAUAGUAGCACUUGAAACCCGUGGAUUAAUUUUCCUACAAGAGAAACAAUAUGAAAAUGCUCUUGAGGAUUGGCAUAAAGUAUUGGAAAUAACCCCUGAUAAUAUGGUAGCACUCAUAACCUGUCGUAUGCUUCGUUUGUUAACGAAGCAAGACAAAGAUGCUCUUUCUGAUUCUGUUAAAAUUCUAAACGAUCUUAUGUCUAAAGGUCACAUGCACAAUAAAGAAUUUGUAUUAUAUUUAGAUAGAUUACUGGAGAUUAAUCCAAGCAACGAAGGAUUGUUAAUGAUUCGUGGAGAAAUUUUACUUUUCGAGCUAGGACAAUAUGAAGAAGCAAUUGGAUGUUUUAAUAAAAUAUUAGAGUAUCGACCAAACAAUUUAUUUGCUUUGUAUCUUCGUGGCGCUGCUUAUUAUAAUUUUGGAAUUCAUAUAGAAAAAUCAGAAGGUUCUGGCCAAUUAUUUGAAUUGCAUCAAAAUAAUAAGAUAAGCUUAAGAAAAUGUAAAGUUAAUCAGGCCAUCCUCAACUAUGAAAAUGCUCUUAAAGAUUUUAAUAAGGUUCUAGAAAUCAAUUCAAAUGAUACCUUUGCAUUAGAUGGUCUUAUGAAAAUUGAAGCGAGAAUGGGCAAGAAAACAUUAUUAGAAUUUCUUCCAGGUCUAGAUAAAUCUUUACAAAUUAAUCCAACUAAUACAAUGUCAUUAUUAAUACGUGGGUCGAUUUUAGGCGCUCAAUUGGGAAGGUAUAAAGAUGCAAUUAAAGAAUUUGAUAAGCUAUUAGAAUGUGAGCCAAACAAUAUAUUCGCCUUGAGAUGUCGUGGUGAAGCUUAUAUAAAUUCUGGAAAUUAUGCGGAGGCACUCAAAAAUUUUAAUCUAGCAUUACAAAUCGAUAAAAAUGAUGCGUUAAGUUUAAUCAAACGUGGAGAAAUUUAUUACAAAAUGCUUGAUUACGAAAAUGCACUUUCAGAUUUUAAUGAAUCAUUGGAACUUACUCCUCCUAAAGAGCUCAUUCCUUAUUAUGAAAAACUUUUAGAGUUUGUUUUAAGAAGUCGUACAGAAAUUUAUCGUGAAUUAAGUGAUAAUUUACAAGAUCCUUAUAUUUCAAAUUCCAAUUGUACUUGA